CUUACCUUUGUCUCUCGUGUCCUGGAGGACGGGCUGUUUCGACGGCCAAUCAUGGGAUCGGUCCUUCGCUGGUGCCUGCCGGCGGCGCCACGCAGCGGAAUCGAAAAGGCAGGACGUUAGGAGUGGAAUGAUGCCGUUCUUCUGCGACGGAUGAGCGGUGCAGACGCCGUCGCGGAACAUGUCGUUUCAGUUCUCGAAACUAGACCUUCUACAGGCCCAACACGUGUAUAUGGAGAGGGCGCCAACGCCAACGCCACCGCCACCGCCGCCGCCGCCGCCGCCACAGGUGCGGCCGGCCGGUCAAGGGGGGGAAGUGGUGCGUUGGAUAAGGGGGCUGAUGUACCUCACGACUUUCUCGGCUCGUCGGCAUCGCCGGGAUCGACCUGCGCGAGCGCGAGGCUGAGAAGGAGGGUGUUAAUCAUUGUGGAGAGGAGGUCACUGAAUGAAGCCUCGAAGUCGCUGGGUCGGCAGCGUGUAGUGACGAAGCAGGUGCUGCUGCAUUCCCGUAGCCCUCCCCCGGAGCGCACGAUCAGCAGUGAUUGCUUGGCGCAUUUGGCCGUUGUCUCGUACGGAGCGCCGGGUCGUUUUCGGGAACCGGAGCAGUGGAGACUGACUACACUGCUCCGCAUUGGGUCGAGCAACGCAACCAGGUGACAAGCGCAGGCGGGCCAGGGAUUACAACGUAGCAACGCUAGUCGGGGCCCUUACAGGUGACCUGUCACAGAAAGUGGACGACGCAAGAGUCCACUCGAGGUCAGUCGCGACCAAUUUGGCAUUCCUCCGAGCACGAUAGGUAGGGUAUAUUGCUCAAACCAGACAGAGGGCCGUCGAUAGGAACGGGGCUUGUAGCACCGGAGCCGGAGGGCGGUA